AUGGCAUCAGGUUGGGUGGGGAGGGAAACGGACAUGCAGCAGCCGACCCAGAAAAGCCACCCGAUGGCGAUCGAGCUCAGCCCUUACCAGUCCGUGAUGAUCCACGGGUGGAUGAGGCCCUGCUCUGUCCUGACAUGGAAGCACGUGAUGGCCAGCGAACAGCUGACGUGGCCCUUCCUCCGCUCGAUCGGGCUCAGCCCGGAGCGGCUCAAGGCACUGCAGCCGGACCCCGCGGAGUGGGUCAAGCACGGCGACGUGCAGCUCUCCAUGCUCCCGGACAUGCUCUGCUUCCCCGUGCACCCGAUCCUCCACCUCAGGGCGGACAUCAGCGAGAUCUGGCAGAUGCAGCUCCCGUCCCAGCUCCUCGAGGCCAUGGGCGUCACCUACCAGCAGCUCGUCGACAUCGGGAUGACAAAGCAGAUCAUGGCGCGGUGGUCCUUCUCGCUCAACCGCUGGCGCUCGCUGGGGUUCAGGGAGGGGGACCUGCAGGGCUGGACCGACCGGGACUGCGUCCAGGUCUUCCACCUCUCGCUGCAGCAGACGCAGGCGGAGCUCAGGAAGCCGGUGCUUAAGUGA